AUGGUCGGGCCCGAGAUGCUCGUCGCGGCGACGGUGAACCAGGUCGCUCGUAAGAUCAACGAGAUCAUCGGCGUCGCGCAGGGCGAGGCGAAGCUGUGCUGCAGCUUCAGCGACGACCUCGAGGGCAUCAAGGACACCCUUGUAUACCUUGAAGGCCUCCUCAAGAACGCGGAGAACAACUCCUUCGGGAGCGAUAGGGCGAACCUGCGGCACUGGCUGGGCCAGAUCAAGUCUCUGGCUUACGAUAUCGAAGACAUCGUUGAUGGCUACUCCUCUUCCAAGGAGCAAUAUGAGGGAAGCAACUAUGCUCAGAAGGGAUCUUUACUCUGCUCUUUAUCCAAUCCCAUGCUUUCGAAGGUUAGCAUGGUUCAUAAGAUGAAAUCCAAGAGGGAGUUAUUACAGACAAGGCAACAUUUACCUACCCAGUAUCAUUUCAUCUCGCAUAUUAACUCGGUGGUAAAUUUUGAUGAGAAGCAGACAACAUCAUACAGAAAUAAUGACAUCAGAAUUGUUGGGAGGGAUCAAGACUUGGAACAUCUUAUGCACAUGUUGAUGCAGAUAAAUGUGAAAGAACUUACCAUUAUUUCCAUAGUUGGGCCAGUGGGCCUUGGGAAGACAACCCUUGCACAACUUAUUUUCAAUGAUGCAAGAGCAGAGACAUUCAGAUUCAGGAUAUGGGUUCAUGUUUCCAUGGGCAAUGUCAACCUUGAAAAAAUUGGGAGAGAUGUAGUUUUGCAGACUACAGAAAGGGUUGAGGGAAGCAUGCAGAUGCAGUCAAUCAAAAAUGCUGUUCAAGACAUACUUAAUAGGUAUAGCUGCUUAAUAGUGUUGGAUAGCUUGUGGGGCAAAGAUGAAGAUGUGAAUGAGCUGAAGCAGAUGUUGCUUACAGGUAGAAAGACUGAAAGCAAGAUCAUAGUGACCACUCACAGCAGUAAAGUAGCCGAGCUGAUAUCCACUGUGCCACCAUACAAACUGUCUUUGUUGUCAGAAGAUGAUUGUUCAACUAUAUUCUCUCAAAGGGCAAUGGCAGGUCAUAAUGACCCACUUUUCAGGGAGUAUGGAGGAGAAAUUGUUAGGAGAUGUGAAGGAAUACCCUUGGUAGCCAACUUUCUUGGAUCUGUGGUGAAUGCUCAAAGACAGAGGCGUGAGAUAUGGAAAGCUGCAAAAGAUAAAGACAUGUGGAAGAUAGAGGAAGACUAUCCUGAAAACAAAAUUAUGCCAAUAUUUCAAUCAUUCAAGAUAAUAUACUACAGUAUGCCCCAUGAGCUAAGGUUAUGCUUUGUAUAUUGUUCAAUCUUCCCUAAAGGAUAUGUCAUUGAUAAGAAAAAACUUAUUCAACAAUGGAUUGCACUUGACAUGAUUGAAUCCAAACAUGGAACCUUGCCGCUCGAUGUUACUGCUGAGAAAUACAUUGAUGAACUUAAAGAUAUUUAUUUCCUUCAAGUUCUAGAGAGGCAUCAGAUUGAUGCAGAAAUAUUGUGUACUUCUGAUGAAAAGCUCUGCAUGAAUAAUUUGGCACACGAUCUUGCUAGGUCAGUUGCUGGUGAAGAUAUCCUUGUGAUCUUAGAUGCUAAGAAUGAACGCUGCAAUAGAAAUUAUGAUUACCGUUAUGCACAAGUGUCUGCUUCUAGCUUACAAUCAAUAGAUAGAAAGGCUUGGCCGUCCAAGGCAAGGGCACUAAUUUUCAAGACAAGCGGUGCAGAAUUACAGCAUGUCAGCGAAAUUCUUUCAGUGAACAAAUUCUUGCGUGUUUUGGAUAUCAGUGGGUGUUCUGUGAAGGAGAUGCCCGCUCCAGUUUUUCAGUUGAAACAACUGAGAUAUCUUGAUGCUUCAACAUUGUCCAUUGCAGAUCUGCCUCCCCAAAUUAGUGGCUUUCAUAAGCUACAGACACUGGAUCUGUCAGAUACUGAAGUUACUGAGCUACCAGCCUUCAUUGCCAACUUAAAGAGGCUGAAUUAUUUGAAUCUCCAAGGUUGCAAGAAACUUCAGCGAUUGAAUAACCUAGAUUUGCUGCAUGAGUUACAUUACCUAAACUUAUCAUGCUGCCCUGAAGUUAGAAGUUUUCCUGCAUCUCUGGAAAAUCUCAGGAAACUUCGCUUUUUGAACCUUUCGAAGUGUUCUAAGCUUCCAACAUUACCUGAUGAAUUAUUGCAAUCAUUCUCUAUUUUUUCUUCCAUCGUGGAUUUAAACUUGAGUGGUUUUGAGUUCCGAAUGCUACCUGACUUUUUUGGCAACAUUUGUUCACUUCAAUUUUUGAGUCUGUCAAAAUGCUCAAAACUUGAGCUACUCCCCCAAUCAUUUGGUCAGCUUGCAUAUUUGAAAGGUCUGAACCUUUCAUUUUGUUCUCAUCUUAAACUCCCGGAGUCCUUUGAAUACCUUACUUCUCUUCAGUUUCUAAAUCUCUCACACUGCCAUAGUGUAGAAUAUCUACCAUCUGCUUUUGACAAACUUAGUAAUUUGGAGUAUCUUAAUUUAUCACAAUGUGUUGGACUCAAAGCAUUACCUAAGUCACUUUCAAACCGCAAAAAGCUCCAAAUUGAGGUUUUGGGGUGCCAGGAUUGCAUAGUGCAGUCAUGUUCUCUAAGCUCCCAAUCCUAUACAUGCUCAGAACAAGUCAAGGAAGUUGGAUCAAGUAGUGCUAUCUCAGAUACCAUUCUAAAGGAGCCUGCUAACAGAGACCUGGCAGUAGGAAUAACUUUUUCAGACAUUGAUAAAGUUGGUUAUCCACAAAAUAAGCUGAAGCAAAAAAUGACAUUCUCUUAUCAUAUGGAUGGACAUAAAAGUGAAGAGCCUAAUUUUAUCAACAAGCCAAACUCAACUACAGAGACAGUACAACUAAUCCCUGGACACCAGUUCCCAUCAUCGACAUCUCGUAUUUCUCCCAUUGCAUCAAGUUCUAGUAGACUAUCUGCAUCUGGCUCCUUCUCAGAUGUCUCAACAACUGACAAUCCAGUGUCCAAUGACAAAGCAGGUUUACAGCCGGAAGAGGAAUGCCACGAACCUCAGGUGUUAGCAGGCGAUGGCCAGAUUUAUGAACAUCAAGCAUCGUCAUCACACAUGGACAUGGCUGCACAUCUGCAUGAAGCAACCGCUUCCAAGCGCAGAAAUGAUAACCACAUUACUCGCUACAGUGGAGAAUAUCACUUCAGUUUACAUCGCAAUGGGGCAUUGGGUUUCUUGAUGGGAGACAGCAGCAGGCACGAACCGUGGGUCAGCCUCCAAGCGGAUGGCUGGCUGCGCAGACCUGCGUUGGGAUUGAACAGCCUGAUGCAGAUUCCCGAUAAGAUUCAGAGCUCUCUUAAGGUGCAUUUUGGGCGUUUCUUGAACAAGGAUGGUGCUGGCCGCCGCAUGAGCGCUGAGAUAUCUUCAGAGAAGGCGAAACAGUCGUGUUCUGCUGCUGCUACUGCUUCUACGGAGGUUCGCUUGGAUAGGCAGCUCCAAGCUUGGUGGGACAAUCCUAGCUGGACCGACGAGCCGCCAGAAAUAAAGGUGACUGUACCAGAAGGCUCCCUUUGCAACCUCAAUUUGAGAUUUAAGGCAGGAUUACCACCAGAUGCAGUAUACAACAUUAUAAUUGAUCCAGAGAACAAAAGGGUGUUCAAGAAUAUUAAGGAAGUAAUAUCAAGGAAAGUCUUGCUUGACGAAGCAUCAAGACAAAUAGUUGAAGUGGAGCAGGCAGCAAUCUGGAAGUUCCUGUGGUGGUCUGGCAUCUUAUCAGUUCAUGUUUUUGUGGACCAGAACAGAAAAAAUCACACUGUAAAGUUUAGGCAGGGGCGAACCGGUUUUAUGAGGAAGUUUGAGGGCUGCUGGAAGAUAGAACCUCUUUUUCUUGACAAGGAAUUAUGUCUUCCUCUAGACCCACAUACAUUGGAGGAAUAUGAAUCUUGUACUUGUGGCAGGGGAAGAGUUGGAUCUGCCAUUACCUUGGAUCAGCUUAUCGAGCCUGCUCUUUUACCCCCACCACCCAUUUCGUGGUACUUGAGAGGGAUUACCACAAGGACAACUGAGAUGCUGGUGAGUGACCUGAUAGCGGAAACUGCUCGAUUGCGGGGCAUCUCAAACAACACGGUUACCAAGCAAGAUACUGAAGAAAUGUGUGGUGCUAGCCCAAGUGAUCCAACAAGAGAGUGUGGUGACAUUAAGGAAAGGUGGCGGCAGAGAAGAAAAGUCCAUUCUAAUCUCCCUGGACAUUUUCCUGACUGUCAGUUGUCUGAAAGCACCUCCAGUUGUUUCGUUUCCACCAAGGCCAUCGACCCCAAGGCAGCCAUGUCUGGCGAACGGCCACCGUCGUCGUUGCCGCCGCGGCCGGAGCCAUUCCGCUUCUGGCUUCCCUACAGAAGCAGUGUGGGAUCGUGGCGGCAGCAACCACGGCCGCCGUCACCAGCGCUGUGGACAAUGCCAUCCUCACCCCGACCUCAGCCACCUUCGCCCCCACCACCAACUCCGGCAGGGCCUGCGUACCAGAGGCCCGCGCCAAACGCCACGGUGGAAGAUAUCCCUCUGCAAGCUGAGUCCUCUGACGAAUCGGACACGAUUCCAGUCCAGAGCUCAGACUCGUCGCAGCUCCGAGGCGGGCGGCCGUCCACAGCCGACCUGGAGCUGACGCUCUCCGGCGGCCCGCCCGCCGGCCAGGAACAGAGGUCGGGCAGAGACGACAGCAACCGCGGCAACGACACCAAGAUAGCCAUUUCCGGCUUCCCGCGGUCGCGGCUCUUCGACGGCGCGCGCGCGCCGUACCGGCGGGAGAUCGAGGAUGGGCUCAAGAGCCUCGCCGCGCGCGAGACGCCAGCGCCCAGGCCGGAGAGCGGCCAGGGGUAUCGCGUCAUCACGCUCGCUGGGCACAAUGUCGGCGCGAGUAUGGUCCUCGGCAGUGGCGGCGGCCCCACGGAAGCGCCAGCGCCACAGCCGAGAUCCGCAGAGCCAGGGGUGCCGGGUCCGGGUCCGGGUCCGGGUUCGAGGCCGUCGGCGGUGGCCGCGAACGUGAACAGCAACGUGCAGAGCGUGAACAACUCGUCGAUGGAAGAGAGCACGUGCACCGCCGGCAAUCCCGGCGUGCACGUGGACAUCAAGAACGCGCGCGAGGAGCCGGCUGCGGUGACACCAACGCCCAUCCCGAGGGAGGAAGAGAAGCCAAAGGAGCCUGUGAGGAGACCGCCGCUCGUUGUGGCGCCGCAGCAGAAGAGCGCAGCAGCAGGUGGCGGUGAGGCGGCCCCGGCGACGACGAGGCCAAGGCCGAGGCGGUGCCUGCGCGCACUGAUGAUGGAGAACGGGAGCGACACAGAGGCGGCGUGGAAGCAGAGACCGAGCGCCUGCUGGUUCCAGUGCGUAACGGAUCAUGCACCGACGGCGACGGCGAGCAACGGCGAUGGCGCUGGCGAUAAGAAUGCAGAGCAUGGCGGCAAAUCGAGCACGGAAGGGGCAAGUUCGAACCGUGUGGGACCGAUGGUUUGA